AUGAAACUAUUGUGGAUUUUUCUGUUUGUUGUCGAAUUCCAAUGCCAUGUGGUAUAUCGAACUCGAUGGCCAAAGUAUGUCCCCAAAAAGACGUAUCAUAAGCCACGUAAGCCACUCGACUACUGCAAUGGACACCUUUGCCCUGGCAACAUAAAGCAUCUUACCUGCGACAUUCGUUUUUGGGCUAAGAGAUGCGGAAACGAGCACGAGGGCAUACGACUGACCGAGUAUCGAACGGACAUUGAGAAAAUGGUGAACGAGUUUCGGAGAAGAGUGGAGCGGGGUCUCGGGGAUUUGCCGAGAGCCAAAAAAUUACCCACAAUGAGGUGGGACGAGGACCUGUCCAUACUGGCCAUGCGGGUCUCAAGUCAGUGCAGCAACCACUCCAUCUCGCCCUGUGUGAACACUUUUCGUCACAAGAACGUGGGCGAGUCCACUGAUUCUGCGAAGAUUCGCUCAACUAGUAAGGGCUUCAAUGUUCUUAGCUUCCUGAAGAUGUGGUUCGAGUACUAUAAGGGAAUGAAGCCCGCCGAUGUCAGCCGCUUUCCCAACGUAUCCCCUGCCGACCACCUCAGAGUUUUCGCCAAUUUGAUCUACGAGAAGAACACGUUCAUCGGCUGCGGAAUGAUGAAGGUUAAAUCAAUGCGCUUCCUAACCUGUCUCUUUAACGAGAGAAUAAUGCCGAAAGUGCAGCUCUACAGAAUAAGAAAAAGCCGAACCGUGCCCCUUAAGCCAGCCCCAAUAAACUUAACAGAAACCCUAGAGCACACCCAGAAAAAAAAGAACGAAAAAAAUCAAGAACAUUUUUCAUGAUUUGCGAACGAUCCGUUCUCCUUUUUUUGUUCUCACAUUUUGAACGUUUGUUCUCAAAUCUUCCUAAUUCAAAACCAAUGUGUUCUAAAAGUGACCCCAUUCGUUCAAAGCAUGCCUGUAUUUCGGUAAAAUUUUAUGAUUAUGACAACAAACGGGCUUACGCACUUUUUGACCCCAUUUGGGCUUGAUUUUUGAACGUUUCGAACAGAUUUUUUUCUGGGUGCACUAAUAGAAAAGUCCCCAAAUUACCUUUUGUCGUUUUUAUAAAGGUAUAUAAAUAUACAUUAUUAAGAAAGUUACUUAAAUAAAAAGAACUACUUCUUAUU